UUUUCCCAAAUGGAAAUUCUACAAAACAGUGCUUUCCUGCGCGGCUUGUGUCGCAAUAGCUCUCCUGCAGAUUUACAGUAUGAUAAUUCCUCUGAACUCUUUCGUAUAUCAACGUAUGCAAAGUUCCCCACCACUGCGGCAGUGACAGAGAGGAGUCUCGCGCGAGCGGGGUUUUAUUACACCGGAGUGGGCGAUCGUGUCCAGUGUUUCCGCUGCAAUGUGACGGCUGACAACUGGCAGUCCGGCGACUGUCCUGCCGAGCGCCACAAACAGCUGUCUCCCAACUGUAGCUUCAUCCAGAGUUUACCCGCCACCGCAAACCUCCUGUCGUCCUCCCACUCUGCCUUUUCCCCGCUUCGCAACGUAGCCAUAUUACAGCUGUCCGCCCCUGCGACCACUGGAACGUUGACCACCACAGCAUCCACUUCAGGCCAAACAGAGGAGCAGGUGGGUUACUUGAACAUGGGAUUCAGCAACCUGGCCCCCUCCAGUCCCAUUUCCUCCCGUGGAGUGGAGGAUAUGUCUCACCAGCGACCGCCGGCUUGUCACAAUCCUGGUAUGCGUCGGGAACAGGAACGCCUUGACACGUUUCAGAAUUGGACUCUUGUUACAGUAACUCCUGCUGAGCUCGCCAAAGCUGGUUUCUACUACCUUGGCCAGGGCGACAGGGUGGCUUGCUUCAGUUGUGGCGGCCAGCUUAGCAACUGGGAACCGGGAGAUAGGGCAGUAUCAGAGCACCAGAGGCAUUACCCCAACUGCCGCUUCGUUCGAGGCGACCGUGCAGAUAAUGUACCGUUAUCUGGUUGUGGGCUUUCCAAUGUAUCCAACUCUGCAAUGCAACAAUGUGAAGAAAGGCUGCUCACGUUUGUCAACUGGCCCUCAAGAAUACCUGUUCGACCAGACCAGUUGGCUAAAGCUGGUUUUUAUUAUGUUGGUCGUAAUGAUGACGUGAAGUGCUUUUGUUGCGAUGGUGGACUCAGAUGUUGGGAGUCUGGUGAUGAUCCAUGGGUAGAACAUGCCAAGUGGUUCCCGAGAUGUGAAUACCUGUUGCAAGAAAAGGGCCAAGAAUUUGUUCAUCAGAUUCAAGCAAGAUUUCCAAGACUAUUUGAACAGCUUUUGACUAAUGGAGACAGCAACUCAAGAGAAUUUGUUGAUCCACCUGUUGUACACCUGGGUCCUGGAGAAGACCGUUCAGAAGAUGCAGUGAUGAUGAACAAUCCCGUGGUAAAGUCGGCUUUAGAGAUGGGAUUUGAGCGUGGCCUAGUGAAGCAAACGGUCCAGAGCAAAAUUCUUGCAAGUGGAGAGAAUUACAAAACCGUUCAAGAAUUGGUGUCUGAUUUACUAAGUGCAGAAGAUGAGAAGAGAGAGGAGGAGCGAGAGCUUCUUGCUGAGGAGAUGGCAUCAGAUGGUUUUACUUUUCUUAAGAAACAUCACGCUGCCUUGUCACAGCGUCUAAAAAGUGUGCAGAGCUUAAUGGACCAUCUUCUAGAGGAGAACGUUAUCUCACAGAAAGAGUAUGACACUAUUCGUAACUGCACUUCAGUCAAGCAGCAGACUGGGCAGCUCAUUGAUUUAGUCCUGUCGAAAGGAAAUGCAGCAGCAGAGGUUUUCCGCAACUGGAUCAAGAAGAAUGAUGUGUACCUGCUGAGAGAACUGAUGGCCCAGACAAAUGAAGCUGCAUCACCGAGUCAAGAUCUUUCAGACUUGCCUAUGGAGGAACAGUUGAGAAGACUUCAAGAAGAGCGCACAUGCAAAGUUUGCAUGGACAAGGAAGUCAACAUUGUCUUCAUCCCCUGUGGUCACCUAGUGGUGUGCAAAGAGUGUGCGCCUUCUCUGCGCAAGUGCCCCAUAUGUAGAGGAUUGGUUAAAGGCACUGUCCGUACUUUCCUAUCAUAAAAUGAAUAUAUCCUACAAGUGACAAACUGCAUUUAGAUUCACAAAUUUUAAAGUAAAUACACACUUCUUGGUUCUGAAAUAAUGAAUAAAAACUAUGAAACUGAA